CUGCGUUGCUUUGGCAAUGCCUUUCGGGAUGGGAAAGGCUCCUUGACUCCCCCUCUGUGUUGUCACCCUCUGCAGAUGCAUCUCUGCCUCUUUUCCUGACUUUGCCAGGCAAUUAGACUUUUGCACCCUCCAAAAUAACGAAAAGACUUCAAAGCAGCACUUUGACCCCUUUGCAGCCUGGAUUUCGGGAUGUCAAGUGUGCUCUUCACCCUGCUCCUGGUGGUGCCGCUGGCCCGGGCCCUUUCGACGUGCCAGGUCCUGGACCUGGAGGUGGCCCGGGCCCGGCGGGUCGAGGCCGUGCGAGGACAAAUCCUCAGCAAACUGCAACUGGCGGCACCCCCCGAGGAAGAGGACGGGACCCCCGAACAGCCGCCGGCCGAGGUGAUGCUGCUGUACAACAGCACAAAGGAGCUGUCCCGGGAACGAGGGGCCUGCGGUGGACGUGGUGCCGGCAGCAGCGAGGAGGAGGACUACUAUGCCAAGGAAGUGCGGCGCCUGGACAUGUUGCCCCCCGGGCAGACUGACAACGCCAUCUCCAGCACCCACAGCAGCCCCUUCUUCCGCCUCCUGCACUUCGAUGUCUCUGGCGCCGAGUCCAACCUCAGCAGCCUCGUCCAGGCCGAGCUCCGCGUCUACAGAGUCCCCAACCCUCGGGCACGGACCAUGGAGCAACGCCUGGAGCUCUAUCAGGUGGUUCGGGCAAGGGAGCCCUUGGUACCAACUCAGCGCUACGUGGAGAGCAAGACCUUACACCCCACGGAUCGGGCUGAGUGGGUCUCCUUUGAUGUCACGGACACGGUCAGCCAGUGGCUGGGAAAAAGAGAAAGGAACCUGGGCCUGAAACUGGGGGUGCAUUGCCCCUGCUGCACUUUCGUCCCGGCUGGAAACACCAUCAGCCCCAACCACAGCGAGGAACUGGAGGCCCGCUUUGCAGGACUGGAUGACGAACUCAUCAAGGAGGCCUGGAAGGGCCGCGCGAGACCGCCGGACCUGGCCGGCAAAGGCCCCCACAUCAUCCUCACCUUGCUCCCCCCACACCGGUUGGAGCCUUCCCCGAAGGGUCGGCGUCGCAGAUCGGCCAACAGCCCCAGCUGCGCCAGGAAUACCGACCAGGGCUGCUGCCUCCGCACCUUGUACAUAGAUUUCCGCAAAGACCUGAAGUGGAAGUGGAUCCACCAGCCCAAAGGUUACAAGGCCAACUUCUGCGCUGGAAGCUGCCGUUACGUGUGGAGCACGGAUACUCAGUACAACAUGGUGCUUCCGUUGUACAACAAGCUCAACCCCGAAGCCUCGGCCGCCCCUUGUUGUGUCCCACACAAGCUGGAGCCCUUGACCAUCCUCUACUACGUCGGCCGGUCGCCCAAAGUGCAACAGCUCAGCAACAUGGUGGUGAAGUCCUGCCGUUGCCGCUGAAGAAGGCUUGCUUGCCGAUCGGGACGAGGAGCCGGUUGCAUGGGAGAAAACACACAUCUCCAGUUCCAUCAUAUUUAUUCUGGCCAAACCCUCCAGGGUUAAAACUCUUUUGUUUUGUGCUCCGAACCACCAGCGAAAGAUGAGUAGUACUCUGGCUUGGUUCGCAUUUUGUGCACUCGUAUAAUGCAGUCUGAAUUGCAUUGAACUGGAUUAUAUGAGUCUACACUGCCAUAUAAUCCCAGUCUAGAUGGGGCCUUAAUUUUUUUCAUACGAGGGUUGAAUGAACAGUAAUGCCUCCACCUUCGUAACUCCUCAACAGUCCCAGUCUGCGGCAGAUCCUGGCUUGUUCAAUAGACUCUCCUCUACAGUUGGAUAAGCAAAAAUGUUGGAUAAUAAGGAGGGAUUAAGGAAAAGCCUAUUAAACACCAAAUGACACGAUUUUACAAAUUAAGCACCAAAACAUGUUUCACACCAAAUCAACAGAAAAAGCAGUUCAAUACAUGGUAAUGUUAUGUAGGAAUUACUAUAGUUGUGAAUUGAACUGGGAUAGAGGGCGGAGGUGCCUCAACGGCGCCCCCUAGAGGAUGGCGCCUUAAGAAACCGCAUACUUCGCCUAAUGGUUGAACCGCCCCUGUAUAAUGCAGCAGGUAUUGGCUUGUUCAGUAGACGCCCCUCUACAGUCAGUUCCGUUUGGAGGGAGGCAUUAGCAUUGGACGGUUGUGUUGUUAAAGUGCGAAGUAUGGAACCCUGCACAGACGGGGAAGCCUUAGCAUUGAACGGUUGUGUUGUUAAAGUGCGAAGUAUGGAACCCUGCGCAGACGGGGAAGCCUUAGCAUUGAACAGUUGUGUUGUUAAAGUGCGAAGUAUGGAACCCUGCGCAGACGGGGAAGCCUUCGCAUUGAACGGUUGUGUUGUUAAAGUGCGAAGUAUGGAACCCUGCGCAGACAGGGAAGCCUUAGCAUUGAACUGAUGUGUUGUUAAAGUGCGAAGUAUGGAACCCUGCGCAGACGGGGAAGCCUUCGCAUUGAACGGUUGUGUUGUUAAAGUGCGAAGUAUGGAACCCUGCGCAGACAGGGAAGCCUUAGCAUUGAACUGAUGUGUUGUUAAAGUGCGAAGUAUGGAACCCUGCGCAGACGGGGAAGCCUUCGCAUUGAACGGUUGUGUUGUUAAAGUGCGAAGUAUGGAACCCUGUGCAGAUGGGGAUGCUUUAGCAGUGAACAGUUGUGUUGUUAAAGUGCGAAGUAUGGAACUCUGCGCAGACGGGGAAGCCUUAGCAUUGAACGGGUGUGUUGUUAAAGAGUAUGGAACCCUGCGCAGACGGUUGGUCAAUGCGACAUAAGCAACGUGCAGUCAUUGCAUUCUUGACAGAGAAGGUGUCACCCCAAAGGAGAUUCAUCGGAGAAUGCAAGCUGUUUAUGGUGAUUGUGUUGAUAUUAAUAUUGUAUGACGUUGGGCGAGUAAGUUAAAAGAUUUUGAGGUGGGAACAUCUGACUUGCAUGACAAACAAAGAGUUGGACGUCCUGUGACAGCAACCACCAAGUUUCACAAGCAAAGGGUUGACAGAUUGAUUCAGGACAAUCGCCGUAUCACUCAGAGAGAAAUUUCAAGCAGAAUCAACAUUUCACAAGAACGUGUAGGUCACAUUAUUGCUUCGGAAUAUCUGUGCACGGUGGGUCCUGUGAGAUGUUGGGUGCGGAAACAGAGUAUCGAGUUCUUCCGAGACGGCUUCAGAAAACCUGUUUAUCAUUGGCAGAAAUGUAUCUGGCAGGGGCUUGGACUGGAUGGCCCAUGAGGUCUCUUCCAACUCUACUAUUCUAUGAUUCUAUCCAAUUGUCUGGUGAUUAUGUGGAAAAGUGAAUAGUGGUAGUUAAAGGAUUAUUUCUGUGUUUGAUUUACAGUAGAGUCUCACUUAUCCAACAUAAACGGGCCAGCAGAACGUUGGAUAAGCGAAUAUGUUGGAUAAUAAGGAGAGAUUAAGGAGAAGCCUAUUAAAUUUCAAAUUAGGUUAUGAUUUUACAAAUUAAGCACCAAAACAUCACGUUGUACAACAAAUUUGACAGAAAAAGUAGUUCAAUACGCAGUAAUGCUACGUAGUAACUACUGUAUUUACGAAUUUAGGAUCAAAAUAUCACGAUGUAUUGAAAACAUUGACUACAAAAAUGCAUUGGAUAAUCCAGAACAUUGGAUAAGCGAAUGUUGGAUAAGUGAGACUCUACUGUAUUAAAAUAUUCCUAUCCCAACCCAAGUAACGAAGGCGGAAGCAUUACUUUUCAUUCAACCCUCAUCGUUGACCAGGAGUCGGUUCAGCCCGCAAUUUCUUGCAUUAUUCAGGGGGGGAAUCCUGGCAUGCACACACGUGCCGCACACACGUAUGUACACAGAGGCCUUCAAGAAACGGAGGGCCUGUUGAAGGCUUGGCGCGGAGGCAACAAGUGCAAACAGCGGGUGGAGCGGCUUGCGGAGCAGCAGGUUGUCAGACAAUGGACCCCAUUCAUCAGGAAGCAGGAAUAUACGGAGCAGCAGGAGAAACACAACUUUGUGUUUUCUGGGGGGGAGAAAUAGGAAGGGAGCAGGAGGGGGCUUAGCUUGGCGGCAGGUAAAUAUUUGAGCAUCGAGUUUUGUGGUCUGCGUGCACGCAAAUAGGACGGCCGGCCGGGAUGCGGAGUCCGACCUCAAGUUAUCAAGAACAUCAUUCACAGUCCCAA